AACAGUAAAGUCCACACAGACAUCAUAUCACAAAGCAUAAAAACACCGCUAUUCUGCUCUCACAAACUCAUCUCCGCCACCAUUUUCGCACAAUAAUCACAGCCACCCAGCUCUCUCUCUCUCUCUCCGAAUCUCUCCAGAACCCGAUUCAAAUCUCUCCGAGUAAAUCCCUGAAAAUAUCAAUCGUAAGCAAAGCACAUCCUUACCCAUUAUCACAUAUACACGAGAAAUCCGUACAUACUUUCACAAAAUCCACCAGAACCGAUUCGAGAAACCUAGCUAUCAACAGCAAUGACGGACAUAUUGUUCUCAAAGCUCCCCGAAGACGUCGUGCUCAACAUCUUCUUCAAGCUAGAAGACGAUCCGCGCAACUGGGCCCGGCUUGCCUGUGUCUGCACUAAGUUCUCGUCCCUCAUCCGCACCGUUUGUUGGCGGCACAAGUGCUCCAACACCAUCCCCUCCGUCGUCUCCGAUCUGCUCUCCUCCUCCGCCACCAGCUCCUCCUGCCCUCCAGGCUGGGCCGCACUUCACAAGGUCUCCGUCUGCUGCCCGGGCCUCCUUCACGCCGGCGUGCUCCUUGAGAACUCGGAUUUCGGUCUGGAACGAGAACUCGGACCCGACGAGAUUUACCGAGACUCAUUUCCGACUCCAUCAUCUGUCAUAACACCAUCCUCCACCGAACCAUGCCCGAGCCAUCAUAUAGACGAGGUCGUCAAUUCAGAAGGUGCUUGUGCCUGGUCCCUCUAUGACGACCUGUAUUUUGAUACUAUUUACAACCUUUCGGAUUCCCAAGACGUUCCUCAGGUUUUUGACGGUGAAGAGGACGUUGUUGUCGAUGUCGGUGUUGUUGCGGUGGAGGGAGAAUACUCGGUGCCGAAGAGGAGGAAAAUCUCUUGGGGUAUGCGGUCGCAUUUGGCUUCUGGGGUUUGGAAUCUGAGCCGGGAGCAAGGGAGUAAGCUCCUCGCGAGACAGUUCCGCGAUGAUUGUUUGUACGUUUGCGAUUGGCCAGGGUGUGUUCACAUUGAGGAGAAGCGGAGUUACAUGAUUUUCAGAGGGAUUUUCAAGAACUUCAAGAGAUCCCGGGUGUGGAGGACCAUAAACGAUGGGAAUAGGAGCAAGGUCGACGUGAAUUGUGCGUUCUGUGCGUGCAAAGAAACUUGGGAUCUUCACUCCGCGUUCUGUUUGAGACGGAGUUUCGGGUACCACGACGAUGGUGAGCCGGUUGUUCGAGCUUAUGUCUGCGAGAAUGGGCAUGUCUCCGGGGCGUGGACGGAUUCUCCAUUGUAUACGUAGUAUAAAUGUUGUUAUUGAUUCUAAUUUUAUCUUACGUACAUUUUAAGUGGCUUUUCAGUUGACUAAACUCGCUUAAUUGUAUACUUCGAUCGGCAUGAUUGAAGAUGAUAAAAUCUAGAUUCUAGAUGAAGAGUAGGAUUGCUCUACGCCUAAUGCUCUCAAUCAUGAUUUAUGCCUAUGUUUAUGUGUAUCUUUGUUAUGGUCUCUUGGUUCUUCCAUUUCUCCAUGUAUCUAAUGAUCAUAGGAUUUUAAGGUACCAAGAAACUCUAAUGUAUUUGUUUCAUGUC